AAGUUAACUGCUCUGACGUAUCGACUGUGCAAGAAGAUAUUUAGCCACCGAGGAGAUACCGAAUUCACGAGCCCUACGUUGCUCCUGAAUCUUUCACAACUUUUCCCAGCCGCGUGUAACUCACUACGAGGGGAAGCUAUAUUUCCAAGCUUCAAGCUCCAGUGCACGAAACUCAUCAAUAUUCGAAUGAUCCACGUCAAAAGAGUGGACAACUUUCUAAGAAACAAACCUGCGCGCGUUAAUGCGAAACGGGUCACAAGUUCAAAAGUUCAGAAUUACUUCGCAGAGAAGGAGAAAAACAGUGCGCAACUUUUUUGUACUUUCAUCGCGUACAUCGCGUUGGCAGAGUACACACCGAGAGGCAAACCGUGUAGCGAGGCGUUUGUGUGCGACGCAGUGCCUCGUGAUAGAACGUUGACCCUGCCCAUUUUCGCGGUCGAGAAAUCCCUCCAAACAAACGUACGAAACGUAGAGGAACGCGAGAUACAAAGGGCGACUGCUCAAUCGCCGACGAAGCCGAGACACACGCUGGACAACUUGGCAUUCGCCAAAAAGUGGCGAACUAACCUUUUCCCGGGGAUGAGGCGAGAAAACGUGGACACCGUGUGGCGUGGCGAGGAUCUCUCUCUCGUCGAGGAAGAAAUCCAGCUGGUCGAUUCCAUCGGGGAAACCGAUCCAAGAUUCGGAGAGAAACGACACGAGAUCGAGCUUCCUUCCACAGCGCGUUUGCCUCGAUCGGCUUGGACGAUCGGUGAUGCGUGUGUGUACGAGGAGCCGGCACCUCACCGCGAUACUAGCGAAACAUUGUACCGGAAGGAAAUAUUUAUGCCUGGCGCGGCAGCUCGAGGAGAAAAAGGCGCGGCGUGUUGUCUGCUUCGGUUCGGCAGUUGGACGUCGAGACGUCGUCGCAUCGUUGUAUCGCCGCCGCCGCCGCCGCUGCCGGGCAUCGAUGAUCGAACUCGACGUUCACAGAUGAGUGCUGGAUGGAGACAGAAAGGACGGGGCUUCUUUCGUUACGAGGAGAGCCAGCAUCGUCCAUGUAAGCGGUCGAACGGUGAGAAUGGCACUGAAGGGGGAGUUUGAGAAUCGAGCGUGGCUGAAUUUCCGGACGCAGGGAGGCGCGGCGGUCAGGAUCAGCCACAGGUUGCGCUCGCCUCGUUCACGCAGGCCGGGCGGGCAUCUUGCCUGAUCGCCAAGCGAGGGGAGAACACCCUCUCUGCCUCCGGCGAAGCGACAGAAAGAGAAAUCGAUUAACUUAACAUCCACCGCUAUAUUCUCUUUUUCAUUCGGGCGUCCGUUUCGCGGCUACAGCCUUACCAUUUCGAUCCAGUUCUCCCGGCCCAGGCUUUCCUGCUACCCUAUUAAUCGCUUACAUCUAUCGCACGAUAUAGCAAGAUACAGCCGGGGAUGUUAUGUCGCGGUCUUUCGUCACCGUUCACCAUUUUAAAUAAUUCCAACAAUUCGAUCGGCCGAUUUGCCAAUUCUGGAAAUGCACACGCUGGCUCACCACGAUGACCAUUAGCCUUCACUGACAAAUUCUUUCGCAUUACGCUCUCGAGUAGCACGAGAUUUGAAAGUACGUGUCAAAAAUGGUCCCAAGAAAAUUUUUUUAGUAUUACUUGGUAGCACGAGGUUGCCUCAAGAUUUGAAAGUACGUGUCAAAAAUGGUCCCAAGAAAGUUUUUAGUUGGGGCCAUUUUUUACCUACAUUUUUUGUACGCGUUCAAAAUGGUCCCAAGAAAUUUUUUGGUUGGGACCAUUUUUGACCUACAUUUUUUCUACGUUUCAAAAAUGGUCCCAGGAAAUUUUUUAGUUUGGACCAUUUUUGACCUACAUUUUUUGUACGUGUCAAAAAUGGUCCCAAGAAAUUUUUUAGUUGGGACCAUUACUUGAUAGCACGAGGUUGCCUCAGGGUUUGAAAUUAGGUCCCAAAAAAAUGUUUCCCAAAGAUGAU